GCGGAGGGCGCGCGGGGCCCGGGCCGGGUCCGCGGGCCCGGGCCGGGUCCGAGUGCCCGGCGGGGACCAUGGAGGGGCUGCGGCGGGGCCUGUCGCGCUGGAAGCGCUACCACAUCCAGGUGCACCUAGCGGACGAGGCGCUGCUGCUGCCGCUCACGGUGCGGCCGCGGGACACGCUCAGCGACCUGCGCGCCCAGCUCGUGGGCCAGGGCGUGAGCUCCUGGAAGCGCACCUUCUACUACAACGCGCGGCGGCUGGACGACCACCAGACAGUGCGCGACGUGCGCCUGCAGGACGGCUCGGUGCUGCUGCUCGUCAGCGACCCCAGGUAAUCUGUGUUGGAGGAUGCGGAGCCAUGACCGAGGGGACCAGAGGUGCUGGCUGAAGAAGCAGGCUGGGGGUGGUGGGGGACAUCUCCCGGGAGCCUUGACCUCACUCUGGGUUCUGGGCUUCCAGCAUA